GGAUGCCAAAAACUGCUCGUCUCAUGUUUCUCAAGUUCUGAAAUUCGGGUAUUUUUCCUCUCAGAUUCGACCAUUCGGCUAAUUUCGCUCACUCAAUAACAGAACGCAUCACACGGAGGCAUUUCCUCAGUCAGUUGUUUUUUCAACCGUCAUUAGUUAAUCAUCAUUAAUUAAAUAUUUUGAUAUUUAAAUCCGUAUCACCUGAUCAACCUUUUGUACAUUUUAAAUCACAAAGGAACAACGAACAUAGAAAUUUAUAAACUAGAGAUUUUAUAUCCUCGUGUUUUUUAUCUUCUUAAAGUCAGAAAUUGUAAUAAUAUUUAGUAUUUGAAGCUCAAACUAUCUCUAGGUAGUUUAACCUAUUGAUUCGUCAUCCCUCAAAAUAAAGGGUAACGACAAUGGAGAAGUUAUUGGUUUUGUUAGCGUUUUGGAAUUUAAACAAUUAAAUUGUGGCCUUUUAUCGUGUCUUUUGUCUCCAUCAUCCUUCGUUGGUUGCAUUACUUUUACUACAUACUUGUAGAAGCCAAGUUUCAAAGCAAAUCAGAAUCAUUCCAAAUCCAGCAUCAUCAUUAAUUGUGGACUUUCGGUGUGUUUCGAUUGAGUAUGUAACUGACGUACUCUGUUGGACGACUCAUUGGAGAAUAUUUGACGACUACAUUUAAAAAACGAUUGACAGAUUGCUAAAAUUUCGCCUUUUAAAAGAUGACGUUUGAUCCAAGCGACCGGCGCUGUUGGUACUUUGGCCCAAUCUCACGCCAAGAUGCGACAGAUUUACUCAUGUCAGAAGGGGACGGUGGUGUUUUUCUAGUUCGUGACUCUUCCUCAAUUCCAGGCGACUAUGUGCUUUGUGUCAAGGAGGACUGUAAAGUAUGUCAUUAUAUAAUCAACAAAGUGACAGAGGAUGGAACGAAUAAGUAUCGAAUUGGUGAUCGUUGUUUUCCCGAUCUACCAGCGCUACUUUCGUUCUAUAAAUUACACUAUCUUGACACAACGCCACUAGUUAGACCAGCCACACGAAAAUUGGAAAAGGUCGUUGCGAAGCAUGACUUUGAUGGGAAUGAUCCAGAGGACCUUCCCUUCAAAAGAGGCGAAGUUCUUACAGUAAUCAGGAAGGAUGAAGAACAGUGGUGGACGGCGAGAAACGCAUUAGGUCGUGUAGGCGCUAUUCCUGUUCCCUAUGUCAAACCUCAUCCACAAAAUGAGGAAAGACUAGACGGCGGCCCUACUACACCUAUUGGUAAUAAUACAUCUUCAACCACUGGGAACAAUAAUACUGUGGCGACGACUGGCAAUAAUUCCACUUUCGAUGUAUCGUCUUCACCCCUCCCAACACUCCCCAAUAAUACAGUGGAUCACUUAAGCAAUAAUCAUCAUUCCAAUACUUCUCCGAGGAGACCUUUCCCAGAGCCGAAUCAGGACCCAUUCGCUCGAGUAAAGCAAGCCCGUGUUCCUAACGCGUACGACGAUACGGCACUAAAAUUAGAAGUUGGCGAUAUAAUUAAAGUGACAAAGAUAAAUAUUAGCGGACAAUGGGAAGGUCAAAUUGUCCUUCAAGGUGGAAAAACUGGACGAAAGGGACACUUUCCCUUUACUCACGUGGAACUUGUCAAGUACGACCCUGUCACCCAUACGGUGACAAGUGACGACAACUCUAUCCAAAAUACAGACUGAUGAUAUAACAUGACAUAACCGGAGAAUAAGAACACAUAAGCGCCUCAUCAUCGUCAUCAUCCUCCUCCUCCAGUUCGCUAGUCAAUACAAGCACACAACCAAGUUACAUAACUUUAUCGACAUACAAGAAAGCUCUUAUUACUUAAAUUGCAUCCUUGCUAUUUCUGAUCUUCAAAUAGUGGAUGAAAACAACGCCAUUCCUUGUUAAAACCUAGGCGUAAUUAAGGUUUUUAAAUGAUAAUCUACACCCUUAGUAUAGGAUUAAUAAAAAAUAUAUGUUGUACAAAAGUUAAGAAACUAUUAGUUCUGUUAAUUAAAGAAACAAUGUCAUUCUUCCUUAAAUGAAUUCGUUAAUGUGUGUUCUACUAGUUCCAGAUAAGGCAUUUAUAUAUGCAUCGAGUUUCAAGUGCAAGAUUAAAUAAAUAAUAAAAUGAAAAACUUAA